GCUUGGUAGCCCUGGGAACAGGACGGAGCCGUUCUGGGGCACCACGACUCGGAAUCCAUGGAUAGCAGUGUGCGAUAGGGUCGGAUCAUUCGGUCUUCUGCUGAAAUUCUCAGAAUAGAUACCUACCAAAAGGGCAGCAUCCGAGGGUGAUUGCUGACCAGAUCCUGGAAUUUUGCCUGAGCCCUUUCCAAGCAACUGCAUUCUCAUACCAGCUCAGCUUCUGUUCAGCUGAAUGCUGAGAUGAACCGUCAUCUAUGUGUUUGGCUUUUUACCUCUUCUUCUCUUAAUGGUUACCACCAAUGGCACACCCAUCUCCCUUGUAAACCGUUUAGACAGAUACAUCUUAACACAAGAAGGUGGAUUUUUAGACAAAACAGGAAUCCCAUUCUCUAUUCUCUGUUAAAUAAGAUUUGGCCCAGAAGAUGUUGUCAUCAAGAUACCAGGAUACUGUGGAAGCAUAAAGCACUCCAGAAAUAUAUGGAGGAUCUCAACAAAGAGUACCAAAAACUUGAUCAGUAUUUACAGCAUGUCUCUGUGAAUGGAGGUGAUCGAAGGUCUUGGAACCAAAGGCAUGCGGAGUUAGCACCAUUAGCAGCCAUUUAUCAAGAAAUCCAGGAGGCCAAACGUGCAGUUGAAGAAUUAGAGUCAAUGUGUAAAAGUCUAACUAAACAAGAUGAACAGCAGCUACAAGGACUUGCCCUCGAAGAAAGGGAAACUCUUGAUCAAAAACUCAACAUGUUGUACAAUGAGCUUUUCCAGAGCCUAGUGCCAAAGGAGAAAUAUGACAAAAAUGAUGUGAUUUUAGAGGUAAUAUCGGGAAGGACUACUGGAGGAGACAUUUGCCAACAAUUCACCGAGGAAAUAUUUAGCAUGUACCAGAGUUACUCAUGCUAUAAGCACUGGAACUUUGAACUUCUGAAUUAUACACCAGCUGAUUACGGUGGCCUACAUCAUGCAGCUGCCCGAAUUUCUGGUGACAAUGUCUACAAGCAUUUGAAGUAUGAAGGUGGGAUUCACCGAGUGCAGCGGAUUCCUGAGGUUGGCCUCUCAUCAAGGAUGCAGCGCAUCCACACAGGAACGAUGUCAGUUAUUGUCCUUCCUCAACCAGACGAGGUAGAUGUGCAAGUAGACUCCAAGGAUUUGCGAGUGGAUACCUUUCGAGCCAAAGGAGCUGGAGGGCAGCACGUUAAUACUACCGAUAGUGCUGUCCGGCUUGUCCAUCUCCCCACAGGGCUAGCAGUAGAAUGCCAACAGGAACGAUCACAGAUAAAAAAUAAAGAAAUAGCCCUUCGAGUGCUGAGAGCUAAACUCUACCAGCAGAUGAUUGAGAAAAAGAAGUGUCAACAACAAAGUGCUAGGAAAUUGCAGGUGGGAACCAGAGCCCAAUCAGAGAGAAUACGGACAUAUAAUUUCACCCAGAAUAGGGUCACCGACCACAGGAUAGCAUAUGAUGUUCGUGAUAUCAAGGAAUUUUUAUGUGGUGAGAAGGCCCUGGACCAGCUAAUUCAAAGACUCCUUCAAUCAGCUGACGAAGAAGCCAUGGCUGAACUUUUGGAUGAAAACCUUAGAUCAGCAAAAUAAAUGCUCAUUUAUUAUUUAUUAAUGGGAUGCAAUUAUGCCCAGAAGACGGAAAGUAUUUAUAGAUUUUUAUAAAGUUCAGUCUAAAGUGCACAGAACUUACAAAUAAUUUUUUAAUGAACCAAGUCACAUUUCUUGUUUUAGGGUUUAUUUUAGGAUUACUUGUAAGCAUGGUCCAAGUCUUCAAGUAGAAAACAAGGGUACAUUAUUGAAAAAAGAAAUAAUUCACUAUUGAGAAUGGAUGAUGGGUGUUAGGAGCGAUCACUUGAUCUCUUUAUAUUUGUCAUCUGUAAAUUCAUCUGAAGUCCCUGGUACAAAUGAUUCAUGUUCUUUGCUGCUAAAUGAAAGGUGGGGUGUUUGAGUCUACCCCUAGUCACCCCAGAAGAAAGGCCUGCCAUUCAACUUCUUAAAACUCAGCCUCUGAACACCCUCUGGAGCAUAGUUCUACUCGGACCACACAGCUGGAGUCAGCUCCCCAGCAGCUGGGGUUUAUCAAUAUGUAUAAAUCAAGUUCAAUUCUGUUUCUUCGUUACUUCACGACAAUGUACAUUUUAGUGAUGAAAGAGGUAUAAAUGUCAUUAUAAGCCCCUGAAAGAUCAAGCAAAGACUUUAAGUUCUACUUUUAAAUAGCACAAGCAUACAUAUGUAUUGCAAUUCCUUUUAGUCUCUCAGGAACAGGGAUUAUCCCAAGAAACAUUGUGAAAUUCUUUGAAAGCUGAGUGCGAAUUAUAUAAAGAAUAAACCACAAAACAAUAAA